AUGCGGAUGAGAAAGUCUCCUGUCAGGAACCACCUCAAUCUGGCGACUUCUACUUCGAAUUUCGAUGUUGACGAACGGGAAAGCGCAAGACAGACGUACUCACGAAUCAGAAGGUGCAUGUGGUGCUUGUCAAUUCUUGAAAGACGAUUGGGUCAAAGCAGUGAAAAUUGUCACGUUGUCUAUCCGCCCAUUCUAUCUCAGCUGAGGUGGCAGUUUGGCAGAUGGGGACCCCCGUUCCUCAGAUGGACAUGCUUCUGCCGCUACAGGGGUGAAGCUCUGGAGAUCGCUGGGAUCGACCGCCGUUCUGCGACAGCAUUAGCAGGUCUCGAGGAAGGCACUGAUUACUGCGCUUGCCAGUACCCGGGAUGCAUUGUAUCAGUCAACGACUCGUAUCUGGCAAGCACAUAUGCGAAAACGAGGACGUAUGCAGUUAAGAGUGCCGACGCUGCCGAGGAUCCUCCGAAAGAAACACUAAGCCCGUUUCGCCCAAGGUGGACCUCUCCAGCCGACCCUUUCCUUCCCAUCUUCAACCUCUCCUUCGUGCAUCCCAAAACCCUCUACCUUUUGGAUCACGACAACAUCACGCGUCUUAUCGUCGAGGCAUACGCCCUCGCCAUCGGAAUAGUUCGUUCUUCCCUUUCUUUCUGCAUUAUCUUUACUCAUCCGCAACCUAUUGUCCAUCCAUCACCUCAAUUCAAUCCCCAUUAUUCCUGUCUUCCCUCUCCCAGACCAUCCAUUCUUACUCCCGCCCAACUGCCUGUUCAACCAUCCUCGUUUGUCAAUCAUUCUCAGCAGGCCUCACUUGGCAUUCCGUCUUUCUUCUUCUUCCGUUUGCACCGUCAUCGUCAGAGUGACGAGUCGGUUUUCAACUCAUCUUUGCCCUCUGGCAGCUGCACCACUUUUUACUGCUACUUCCGUCCCGAAUUCUCAAUUCUUUCUCUAUCUCUUCUUCCGUUUCCCUCAGAAGCCGCUUCCUCCUUCCUUCCUUCGAUCGAGCAAGCGAAACGAAAUCACAUGAGUAGCAACCACGCAGCUACCCGACGCCGACGCGAUACUUAA